AUGUUCACCUACCGACUUCAUCAAUCCAUCGAUAUAGAUUGCAAAAUUCAGGUUAUUACACCCGAGGAAAUCUACAAAGGUAGGAAAACAGAAGAAAACAAGCAAGUGGUGAGAUAUGGAGACCACCACGAAAGACAAAAUUUACAAUCUAAUUACGAUAACAGACAACGAUGGACAACAAGAGGCCAUGACUUUCAAAGAAAUAAUUAUCAAGGAAAUAAUUACAACCCUAGAUAUCAGAACUAUAAUGCUAGUUAUUACAACAACGUCAGGGCAAACUACCCAGGAUCGUACAAUAAUUUUUCAGGAUUUGAUAAUAGAACUAGUUAUAAUAACAAUAACUAUAAUAACCAUAGAUUUAAUAAUGAUUAUAAUUACAGAUAUAACAGACAUAACGAUUCAAGAUUUAUUCAGAUACAUAAAAAUAAUCAUAAUAUUGGAAAUCAAGGAAGAAAUCAAACAAAACUACAGUUUUUGAGGCACGAUAUAGACCACAAAGGUAUACAUCCGAAUGCAGAUAAGAUUAAAGCUAUUUCAAACAUGUCGGAACCUAAGACAAAAGAGGAAUUGGCACUAUUUUGGGGAUGGCGAGCUAUUAUCGAAAAUUUCUAUCUUAUGCUAUGUGGAUCAAAACUAAUGAAUUAUCCUAGUGAUGACUAA